AUGAAAUAUUUGUCUCUUCCAACUGAAGAACGUAUUAAACUUCAAGCUCAAGCAUUCGAUGGUAAAAAGCAAUGUUGGGUGCCUAAUGCAAAAGAAUCAUUUGUUGAAGCUGAAAUUACUGGUACAAAAGGUGAAGAAGUAACAGUUAAAACAUCGAAAGGAGAGAGUUUGACAUUAAAAAAAGAUGAUGUUCAACAAAUGAAUCCACCGAAAUUUACUUGUUGCGAUGAUAUGGCUAAUUUAACUUAUUUAAAUGAUGCUUCAGUUUUACAUAAUUUACGUGAUCGUUAUGAACGAUGGCUUAUUUAUGUAAGUUUUUUCUUUUGA